AUGAGUAGACUGCUUCUGCUGCAAUUGUUCUUCACAUUGUACCUUUUGGAUAUUUUGAUACCCGUCGCUUUAUUGGAAAACGAAAUAACUGGAGAAAAUGACUAUAAAAAACCACAUAUUAUUAUUAUCCUCGCAGACGAUUUGGGUUGGAACGACGUUAGCUUCCAUGGUUCCGACCAAAUCCCGACGCCAAAUAUCGACGCUCUCGCAUAUUAUGGAGUUAUCCUGAACAAUCAUUAUGUAUCAGCAUUAUGCACGCCAAGUAGAUCAGCCUUAAUGACUGGAAAGUAUCCAAUCCAUACAGGCAUGCAACACAAUGUUAUAUAUCCGUCAGAACCACGCGGACUUCCACUAACAGAGAAGUUGAUGCCGGAGUAUUUGAAGGAAUUAGGUUACUCAACAAAUAUAGUGGGUAAAUGGCAUUUAGGUUCCUACAAAUAUGAGUACACGCCGCUUUAUCGCGGCUUCGAUACGCACUUUGGUUACUGGAACGGUUUCCAAGAUUAUUAUAGUCAUGAAGUAAUAGAGCCAGUUACAAACUUUCGAGGCAUGGACAUGAGAUGGAAUAUGGAGGUCGCAUGGGACACAAAAGGCAACUAUUCAACAGAUCUCUUCACCGAGGAAGCAGUGCGCUUAAUUAAUGCUCACAAUCCGAAUAAGCCAUUGUUCUUAUACUUGUCUCAAAUUGCACCCCACAGCGGAAAUAAGAAGCAGUUACUGCAAGCUCCUCACGAAGAGAUCAAAAAGUUUUCCUACAUUAUCAAUUCGAACAGAAGAAUUUACGCUGCCAUGGUCUCCAAAUUGGAUCAAAGUGUCGGCCAGGUUGUGGAGGCUUUGAAAAAUCGCGGUAUGUUGGAUAAUAGCAUUAUCCUCUUCAUGUCUGAUAACGGUGCACCCACCAAUGGGGUGAUGUACAAUGCCGGCAGUAAUUAUCCAUUUCGUGGAAUUAAAGCUACUGCUUGGGAAGGCGCCGUGCGAGGAGUGACGGCAAUCUGGAGCCCUCUAAUCAAGAAACGCGAACGGGUCUCGAACCACUUAAUAUACAUAGCCGAUUGGUUGCCCACUUUAUUGUCCGCCGCCGGCGGAAGCAAAGAAAAACUUGGCAAGAUCGAUGGCCUUGAUAUGUGGCCGACUAUCGUAUCCGACGAGACUAGCCCUAGGAAAGAAAUACUGAUAAACAUCGACGAAAAUUACGAGGCUAUUCGUAAUAGCAGAUACAAGUACGUACGUCGUCAGUCCCUGAAAUACUCUGAUUGGAUAGGAGAUAGUGGAAAAAAUCCGACCGAGAAGCAACCAUUGUAUCCGCCUGAGGCAGUGUUGCGUAGCAAAGCAGGAAUUGCCAUUGCUUCAAUGACAGCUGGUGACAAUAUUACCGAACUUGAUUCUCAGAAGAUCCUGAAGUUAAGACAACAGGCAGAAGUCCAUUGCAACGUUACGGAAGAGGAGAAGGUUGAAUGCUACGCAUGGCUUCAGCCGUGUCUCUUUGACCUGGAGAGGGACCCUUGUGAGAAGAUAAACAUCAUUCGAAAAGAACUCAUCGUUGCGCAGGAAUUACAGGCAGCUUUAAUGCUGCACAAAUUAACUGUGGUACGGGCGAAUAACAAAAUUAAUGAUAUGAACGCAAAUCCUGCACAAUGGAACCACACGUGGGUUUCCUGGCAAGAUCCUAAGAUGUCCGAGUAUAUGAAAAACUUACCGCCGACGCAUAUACGAGCACAACUGCCAUAG